CGUCAAACUACAAGAUCUGAAGUUGAAGCACUUCCCAAAUUAGCGAUUGGGAAGUGCUUCAACUUCAGAUCCUGUAGUUUGAGCGUACGAGCAGCAUCUCUUACCAAUUUAAAAAAUCAACGAUACUUGAACUAAAAAUCGGCUAAGCAUUAAGAAUUCGAUUUAUUUUGGUUAUUAAGUCAAUGUAAAUAUGCAUCUAAGGAUGAAAAAUAUGAAAUUUUCCUUUUCAAAUUUUUUACAUUGAAUUAAAGCAUGGAAAUGUCUCGGACCUUUUAUUUUUAGACUAUCAAAAAGACGUUGCUUCACAAUUCAAAAGUCGACUAGCUUAUAACUUGUAAAAAUUGCUUCGUCUUUUAUCGGCAUUCAUGCUUUUUUUCUUUUCUUGAUAGAACUGAUAAAUGCUGCAAAGAACAAUGGACGUAUCAUCGAUUUCUGGUUUGGAAAAACUUAUAAAAGACACCGAGUAUGAAAAUUCAAAGCUGCUAAGUCAAACAGAGGAAGAAAGGCAAAUUAUAGCUGAUCUUGAUGCGAAGAUCAUAGCCCAGAACGAUGCUGUUGCAAGUUUGGAGAAGACGAUUUGUAAACUGCAAGAAGAAACAGAGACACUGACCUCUCAGAUUAAACAGAAUAAAGAAGUUGCUGACAGCUUUCGAAAGUCUUCGUAUCCUAUUGAAAGUCAUAUUGGCUUGCUACAAAAAGAGUUAGAAGAGAUCUCCAAGAAAAAUGAAGAACAAAGCAAUAAACAAAGAAAAGAGCUGGAAAAUUACACAGCAAAGUGGCAAAUUUAUCAAAAGAUGUGGGAAAGCCAAGAAAUUGCAAAGGAAGUUUUGCAAACAAGAAAAAGCGCAGAAGACAUUGAUCGUGAAAUGCGCAAAAUAUCUGCAAGAAUUAAAGAUAUGAAAAUGAGCAUUGAUGAAGAAAUAAAUAAAAGAGAUUCCAAGAAAAACGGCAGAAAAAGAAUUGCUGAAAUGAUAUUGGCAAUGGCUAAAGUCAAAAUGGAAUCAUCAAAGUAUCAGUCUCUUGUUGAAACAAACAAAAUACAACUAGAGGCAAUUUCUAACGAAGAGAUGGAACUGCAAAACAGGGUUAAUGUGGCUUUGCAGAAACAAUUAGAAUCACACCAAAAGACAACACAACCCAGUGAUGUUACUUGCAGCAGUGAAUCGGCCACUAUGCAGACGUUAUCCAACCAAUCUCCUAGAGAAAUAGCCCUUAAGGAUCAGAAUGUUGGUCAUGUGACACAUGAUUCCAGAGACAUUCAUAAGCAACAGCCACACGAGACCUUUUUGAAUAUUAGGUCAAGCUCAGAGUCAGGGAAUUAUAAAGGUAAUCGAUUCAUGAACAUAAAGAUGCCACAGAUGCCACCAAUGCCUAGGAUAUUAAUGCCAAGCAAGACUAACAUGGGAAAAGAGGUCAAUGCAGAUCAGGAGUGCCAGCCAGAUAUUGCAUUUCCAAAGAUGCAGCCUUUCAGCUUGCAGAUGCCAGUGCGAAAGAGCUCUUCGCUGCUAGACGAUAAAUUAACAUCUCUCAGAAUUCCUACCAUGUCGUUAAAUCUUCCCAAAGCAGGUGAUAAUCUUCAUACAAAAUCAAUUGCACAAAUAGAGGAAAAAGCACCACUUAUAAGUGACAGAUGCCUGAUGAAAGCGCCAACUAAAGGUUCUCCUGGUUCAAAAAGGAACAAUUUGCCUUACCCUAGAAAACCAGUGGCACAGCAAAGGAGUCCAACUGGUCUUAGUCUGUCCCCAUUAAAAGACAGAAGUCAUCUAGAUUUGGAAAGUGACCCUCAAGCUGCUAACAUAUCACCAGGACCCAGUGUUGGAAGAAAGUCUCUUGAAAGUCUGAAAGAAGUUGAUGAAGUCCAUUUGAAUGAGCCAUUCGAUACAACCGACACAGAGUGUAUCCCAACUGCAAGGCAGACAGAUCAACAGUCAAAGGAAAGUGAUUUAGAUGUUGCCUCGCGAACUGGGGACUCUGCUUCAAAGAAUUUUUCUGAGAUGCAGAAAGAGUUCAGCUCUCCCUUUCAUCUGAGCAUUGAUCUUCACGAAGAAAACAUGAAGAAGUUUACAAAGUCACCUGGUGAUGGGUUUAUUAUGAACAGCAGGCCAAUGUUUUAUCAAACAGUUUCUGAAGAAAGUGACGCAAACAUGAGCCAGCCAGAAAAUCCAAGAAGAUCAGAAUUUGGUAAUUUCCUAGCCUCGGAUUCCUUUCUCAACAGUGGCUCCAUUUUCUCGUUUGGAAAUUCGUGCAAUGAGCAACAGAGUCCUGAUAUGAGAGAUGAAAAUGUAGGCAACAGCCAACCAGUCCCGUUUCAAUGGCCCAGUGCCUCAGAAGAAAAACAAGGGACAGAAGCAGGUGAUUCCAGUGGAUUCUCUUUAUUCUCAAAUUGUUCUAUUGGCCAAGAAAAUCAAGCGCAAAGCAACCAGAGUUUCAGUUUUAGUUUUACGGCAAGCGGAAACGAGGACAACCAAAGAGGGUUUUCUCUAUUCUAAUGAGCCAGAUACUACUUUACAUGUUUUUGCGUGUUCUACAUAACAUAACGUUUACUACAUAACAACAACAACUCUUAAUUUUUCAAUAGAUUCGGCGCCCAUGCCGGUAAUAAAGCAUUUUUAUUGAAGUUUGAGAAAAAGAAUCACACAGGAUUGAUCUUAGUUUUACUCUGGUAGAAAAAUAGCAAAACUGGUAGGGCACCAUUAUUUGAGAGCAAAGAGCAAAAAGAAUGGUUCGUUGGAAACAAAGAUUUUCAAAAUUAUUCAUAGAGAAACAGGAGCCCCCCCCCCCCCAAGAACAGGACCACUUAGAACAAUAGAAGUUUCAACCCUGCC